AUGGCUCAUGCUGACUGUUUUGUUGAUCCCCUUUUCUUUCUGGAACAACCCAGGCAUUUCAGCCGGACGAUGGAAGAACUGGUGCACGACCUGGUGUCGGCCCUGGAGGAGAGCUCGGAGCAGGCCCGUGGCGGCUUUGCGGAGACGGGGGACCACGCCCGCAGCCUGUCCUGCCCCCUGAAACGCCAGGCCCGGAAAAGGAGAGGCAGGAAGCGCAGGUCCUACAACGCGCAUCACCCCUGGGAGGCCGGCCACGGCCUGAGCGAGGGCUCCGACUCCAGCUUGGAGGAGCCGGGCAAGGACUACAGGGAGAACCCCGCCAGCCAUAAGCAAGAUCACAGCGACUCCGACGACCAGAUGCUGGUGGCCAAGCGCAGGCCGGCGUCCGCCCUGAACAGCAGCGUGCGGGGCAAGCGGCCGCUGUGGCACGAGGCGGACUUGGCCUUGGACGGCCUGGGCAGCCGCAGCCUGCGGCGCCGGAGGAAGGUGAAGCGCAUGGCCCUGGACCUGCCGCAGGACGCCUGCAAGCGCCCCAUGACCCAGCCCCCCGACGGCUGCAGGGACCAGGACAUGGACCAGGACCGGGCGUACCAGUACCCGGAGUUUGCCAAAAGCAAAGUCAGGAAGCGGAAACUGAGGGUCCCCAGGCAGGGACCCAAAACCCACGACGAAGGCGUGGUUUUAGACAGCGAGGAGCUGAGCCAGACCAAGGACAAGAUGGAAUACGAAGAGCAGAAGGUGUCCGACGAGCUCAUGAGUGAAAGCGACUCCAGCAGCCUCAGCAGCACGGAUGCUGGCCUGUUUACCAACGAUGAGGGCAGGCAAGGUGACGAUGAGCAGAGCGACUGGUUUUACGAAAAGGACUCGGGCGGAGCGUGUGGCAUCACGGGGGUCAUUCCCUGGUGGGAGAAGGAAGAUCCCAGCGAGCUGGACAGACACUUGCCAGACCCCGUCUUUGAAAGCAUCCUAACGGGUUCCUUCCCCCUCAUGUCGCAUCCCGCGAGAAGAGGUUUCCAAGCUAGACUCAGUCGCCUCCGUGGAAUGCCUUCCAAGAAUAUUAAAAAGUCUGGAGGGACCCCACCUUCAAUGGGGACCGCUCCGGGCUCAGUCAGUAACAAGAGGAUGGGUCACUUCUCCCCGGAUUCUCACCACCACGACCACUGGUUCAGCCCGGGGGCCAGGACCGAGCACGGCCAGCAUCAGCUUCUGAGAGACAGCCGAGCCGAGAGAGGACACAAGAAAAACUGCUCUGUGAAGACGGCCAGCAGGCAAACCAGCAUGCAUUUAGGAUCCUUGUGCAUGGGAGAUGUCAAACGGAGAAGGAAGGCAGCACCCUUGCCUGGACCUCCUACAACAGGAUUCGUUGGGGAAAACGCCCAGCCCAUCUCAGAAAACAACAUAGGGAACCGCAUGCUCCAGAACAUGGGCUGGACACCUGGUUCGGGCCUCGGACGCGAUGGCAAGGGGCUGGCCGAGCCCAUUCAAGCCAUGCAGAGGCCAAAGGGAUUGGGACUUGGAUUUCCGCUACCAAAAAGCACUCCCGCAGCCCCCAGCACCCCCAUCCCCGCCUCGGGGACAUCCACCUAAGAAGAAACACUGCACAGUUUUGCUUCGCUUGCUCUGUGUCCCGUUGUUCUGAAAUCACAGCACAGCUUCUGUUCGUGGAGCAGAAAUCGACAAGGCCUCAGACUUGUCCCGCCAGCUUCCUAACCGCAUCCAGACCUACCACGGCGACAGAGAUGCGCUUUCACCCCAGCUCAUGGUGCUCAAGUUCAAACCAUUCCCUUUCAAUGUCGGCAACUUUCGGCUGUUUUUAGAUAUGAAGAACAGUUCAUUUCUCUUAUUUAUUUUGAUGGCAAAUGCCAGUAAUGUCUAAUGCUUUUAAGCUUGAUUCAGUCACGUAUGGGUGUGAGCCCGGGCAAAUGUGAGUGCACCCAAGGGUUUCUAAAAUGAGACAGGCUGGGGAGGUUGUGUCUCCUGUCACCCCGAUCGAGGGUGACUCAAAAGACCCAUCAGUGAGGUCCUAAGCGAAUCUUUGAUUGAAAGACGUGUCAGUUCCAUAUUUGUUGAGUUUGGCGUUUGUGAGUAAGUGUGUGUGUGUGUGUGUGUGUGUGUGAGGAUUCUCUAAUGGGGAGAGGUACCCAUUAAUCUUCUAACCUUGGACAGUGUGGUGUGAAGUUCACAGUUGACCAACCGCAAUUAACGUAUCCCUCUGACGUUUUGACAAAAAUAAACCUCAUCCCUAUUAUCA